GGAUGAGGAGGCUGCUCCUCUGCCUUCUGGCCCUCAUCACAAUCUGGACGGUGCACGGCCAGGAGGACAACUGCAAAGGGCUCUGCGGCCGGCGCCCCUUGGCACCUGGCCACUCCCUCCCCAUUGUGGGAGGCAUCGACACUCUGCCAGGGACCUGGCCCUGGAUGGUCAGCAUCCGGACCCCGUUCAAGUCCGGCUACCAACACACCUGCGGAGGGUCGCUCAUUGGCGCCAGGUGGAUCCUCACGGCAGCCCACUGCUUCAAGGACACCAGGCAUCUGACCAAUUGGGAACUGGUGCUUGGCACAAGCAAACUGUCUCACCCAGGUCCCGAUGCAGAGGUCCGCUUCCCCAAGAGGGUGGUGCAGCAUGAGAACUACCAACCUCGCCAGCAGAUCAAUGACAUUGCCCUGGUGGAGUUGGAUGACCCCGUCAAGUGCAGCGACUAUAUCCAGCCCGCCUGCUUGCCGGACAGCUCGGUGGACGUCUCCAGUAUGGUCCAUUGCUACAUUGCCGGGUGGGGCUAUACACGGGAGAAAGACAAGGCUCCAUCAGAUGUCUUGAAGGAGGCCAAGGUGGGCCUGGUACCCACAGAGAAAUGCAACAGCAGCAACUGGUACUACGGAAGCAUCUCCAUCAGUAACCUGUGUGCCGGAUUUGAAGGAGGAGGCAUCGACACUUGCCAGGGUGACAGCGGAGGGCCUCUGAUGUGUCGGGAAAACCGGACUGAACGCUACUGGAUCGUGGGAGUGACCGCCUGGGGAUUGGGCUGUGCCAGGGCCCAGAAGCCUGGGGUCUACACUUCUACCCAGAACUUCUACGACUGGAUCCUAGGCUACACAAAUGAAAAGACCACUCACGAGGUCACCCCUGGGCCACAGCUGCUCCCAGGGACAACAUCACCGACCACGUCUAGUCCAUCGGAACCUAAAGCAACAAUGUCCACAGAAGAAACAAGCCCACCUCCACCCCAAGAAACGUCGAGGAAGCAAGAAAUAUCUUUGCAAACCCAGCCAACUUCCAAAACAGAGACGACAUCCACGCAAAACCCAGAGCCACCAUCCCUUCAACCACAAUCCAUCAAAACACUGAGAAAUCCAUGGCCUUACUUACAGACUGAGAAUACAACCCGCUCUUUGAUGACCACUUCAACCACCACCACCACGGAAGCCACCACAGAAGCCACCACGGAAGCCACCACAGAAGCCACCACUGAAGCCACCACCGAAGCCACCACCGAAGCCACCUCAGAAGCCACCACUGAAGCCACCACCGAAGCCACCACUGAAACCAGUACAACCACCACCACCCUCACCACGACCCAAGCUCCUCAGCCGCAAGUCCCACGUCCCAAGCGCAAGCGACCUUCCAAGACUAUCACGCUGGGCUCCUACUAUGGCUACAGUGGGAGUUCAAACUGGCCCAAGAAUUGGCCUUUCAAGCGCCCACACUCUCAAACCUGAUCCCAGACUCAACUGUUGCUGGUCAGUGACCCCCUUUGUUUGCUUAAGGAGUCCUCCCUUGUGCAGAUAAAGUAUUCUGUGCAAUGGAGCUUCUCAAGCAACCCAAUGAAUA